GUGGCAAGUGCUCCUCGAGCAGAUAAAGAUGGUCAAGUGUUCUCGUGCGAUCUCUCGACCCAAAACUGUAAUCAGAUGUCGGUGCCACUCCCAGCCGUUACCUCCAGAGUUCAUGGGGGUGACACUUAUAACCAUAGUUUCUGGCUUGGAGCUAGUGUAAAGGUUGGCGACGAACAUAUAUUUGUUUGUGCUCCUCGGUGUACUAGCCAAAUACAGGUAGCAGGCAAAGUGUUUGGCGCGAACGGACGUUGUUUUUAUAAGGAUUAUAAAACUCCUGGCAGCCAUUUCACCAACAUGCUCCAGAUCUCAAAUGAGGACCGAUCCAUAAAUCGCACGCAUAACGAAAACGUGACUGAUUCCUUUGGCUGGAGUAUGGACAUAGAUGUGAAGGGUGCGCUGCGGGUCGGGAGUCCAGCUAUCGCUGCAGGUCGAGUGAUGACUUAUAUCUAUCCUUCGGAAUCGGAAUCCUCCCCUCCUAAGAUUUUUAGUGCUACUAACCCAGAUGGCUUCAACUUUGGAUACAGUAUCGCCAGUGGUAUUUUUAUAAAAACACGCGCAAAACAUCCAAAUCCCGAUGUAGCAAUCGGCACACCAUAUGGCGAUUACGGCAUCGGAAAGGUGCUCAUUUUUGACAAUGACCAACAGUGGCAGUCAGACGUGGCCGACCCGGCGGGAGGGGUGGGGUCCAUGUUCGGCGCAGCGCUGUGCUCGGCCAAACUCGACGGCGACUCUAGCUCGCUGCUCGUCGGUGCGCCCGCGCAUUUCAGUGGCGACGACAAGUACCACACCGGUAUCGUGUACAUUUAUAGGCAUAAGACAAAGAAAAUUAUGAAGAAUGUGAAGCAAAUUAAAGGCCCUGGUAAAAAUGGAGCAUUCUUUGGCUACGCCAUUGCCAACAUCGGGGACAUGGACAAAGACGGAAAAGAUGAAAUAGUCAUAGGGGCCCCAUAUGAAGACGAUGGCAAGGGUGCCGUAUACCUGUACGCGGGGUCGGCCCUCGACGACAAAUCAACGACCACCGCCUGGCUGCAGCGGUUCCAGCCAGAGACCUUCCGGAACCUGGGCCUGAGUCUGGUCGCCAAUAAGUAUUCUGACAACGCAUGCAGUGAUCUGGCAAUAGGAGCUCCUGGUAAUGACAGUGUGGCGGUGUACCACUGUUUGACAGUUAUCACCGUUGAUAUAAAUACAAUUGUUCCUGACCUGCAGAACCGUACUGAUAAGACUUCAUUUGCAUUUAAUGUGUGCCUAAAUGCGAAAUAUCCUCCUAAACCAGAAAAAAUUACAGCUAAAUUCGCAGUAAAAGUCAAGAUAACCCACCCAAAUGCUACUUUGACUGAUGCAAAAACAUUUGAAGACUUUAUAGAAUACGAAGAGUUACUCGACAAUAAAAAAAACCCUAACGGCUGCAGGAGCAUUCAUGUAACGACAUCUGAGAACGGAGACUAUGAUCAAGAAAUCGAAUUACUCAUAACAGCUAAACUCCUGGACGAUCCAGCAAAUAGUAAAGUAUUCGAUCCGUCGAAAGCUACCGUGAGCCCCCACAGCAAACUUUGGCACCCCAGGUCCGUGCGGGCGGCGGAGUGCAAGCGGGAACCGUGCCAGCCGAAACUGUCUGUCAAACUUACCACCAACGUACAGAAUCCAUAUCUAAUCGGGUCUUCGUCGACCGUACGCGUCGACGUGUCCGUGAGCAACGGCGACGCGGACACUGCGUACCGGCCAUGCGUGGUGCUGAGCGUGUACGGCGGCGCGGCGAAUGUGUACCGCGCGCCACCGCACUGCACCGUCUAUAGCGACACGCGCAGGAUCUGCCAGCGACAGAGAGCAUUGAAGCCUAAUAGCAAGUGGGAUUUAAACGAAAAGGCAGCGUCUGACCAAAACAUCGAAAUAGGCCUGGAGGCACUGACAAGCGAUAUCAAGAAAAUAAAGGUGGUGGCCGAAGUGUAUAACCGCUGCGAGACCGCCAACGUGCCUGAUGAUAAAAGUUCCAUCGAGUUUGAUCUCAUCACUAAUGUUGACGGAUUGAAGAUUGAAAGUAAAACGGAUCAGGGCGAACCAGUAUACUUCCGUAAAAAUGACUUUAAAAGUGGAAAGAAAUUACAUCAUACAUAUACCAUAUCAAACGUAGGCGAGAUAAACUGGGUUGGACUCGUUGGUGACAUCUGGCUGUACAAAGGACCUCACAUUACUUACGAUAAUUUAAUACAGAUAUACAGCGGCGAGACUGAAAGGCCUUCGUGCGCAGUGAAGAAUGAUAACAAUAAGAGCGACUUCCACGGCUUAAGCUGUGAGUUGGGAAGCCUGAGUCGCAAGGAAACUAUCACCGUGGUCAUACCUAUCACUACGGUACCUAAUGAACUAGAGAAAGUUUUACAGAUAUCGAACGCCACAGUGAAAACAUUCCUCAGAGUAAUCGCUGACAAACAUGAGAGAGAAAAAACAGAACUUACCACUUUGGUGCUUCAAGAAGGGAAAGUGCCUGUCUGGAUUAUAGUGUUAGCAGUUUGCGUAGGCAUCCUCAUCGUUUGCCUCAUUGGAUUCGCUCUUUACGAGUGUGGGUUGUUCCGUCGAAAAAAGAAGGAAGAACUAGUGAGCCUGAAGAAGGAAGUUAAACGUAAAAGCAUGAUGCUGCAACGGCAAUCCAUGAGGCUCACAGACACAGCCCGAGCCGAGCUAAGGAACCGCACUUACCGGGAGCUUCUCGACGAGGCCGAAAUCAAAGAGGCCGAGGAGGCCGAAGAGGCCAGAAAAUCCCAAUUGGUCACCAAGAAUCAGGAGCAAGCUAAAGGGGACAAUGGCUGUAGAAGCACAGUUCUGAACGAAACCCCGUCAGGAUCGCACUAUGAUAUAAGAGCUCAUAUCGAGAAAACAUUGCAAAAAUAAAUUCAU